UCUGAAUGAGUCAGCGACAGAUUGUUAUCGGUGUCUUGUAGCCCUUGAUUUGUCACACAGCGUAUAGGUGGCAUGUUCGGACAUGCUGGCUGCUUAUGACGUAGACCCAGCCUUCGUAUUUCAACAACUGUGGUACACCUACGUCACUACGCCCGUGUAGUGCGCAGCGCUACCCGUUGUGUGUUGUUUGUUUUUAUCGUUUUAUCUUAUUUUAUCGUGUUGUAAUCUAAAUCGGCGCCAUGGCCAAAGCAGCGGACAAAGGUAAGAGCAAGGAGAAGGAUAAAAAGAAAGAGAAGAAACCGUCUGCCAAGAAGGAAGACAAAAAGAAAAAGGAAGAUAAGAAAAAAAAGGAGGAAAAGCCUAAGAAAGAGAAAAAGGAGAAAGAAAAGAAGGGCAAGGACAAGGAUAAGAAAGAUAAAAAGGGCAAGAAAGGCGAGGAGCCGCCUCCGCCAAAAGAGGCGGAGUCCCCGGCCGCAAAGUCCGCCGAUUCCAAGACACAACCCAAGUCAGAGUCCCCAGCAGUCAGUCAGAAGUCGAAGUCACCCGCUGGAUCUCCGGCGAGGUCACCAUCAGUCACCGCUGCUGCGCCUACCGAGGUUGAGCCAUCGGAUGCCGCCAGCCGGAAACUGCGCUUCGACGAAACAGUCCGUGUGAAGGAAAUCCCUGACCGCAAAUCGGAGCAUGACGCGGCCUCCGUGCGUAGCAGCACCAAAUCUAGUUACUCGCGUCGUUUCCCGCCGGAAGGCUCCGAGCUGGAUCUGCGCACGGAGCCCAAGUACGGUGAUCCGCUGUUUGGCGCCAAAGUGCCGAUGGUGCUACGGACGCCCUGUCCGCAACCUUCCGAAAAGAAGGAGCCAGAUCUGUAUUCGGUGCGGUCAAUGACGUUGGACGAGCCGGGCCCACUUUUCGAUCCCAACCGCUGCCCCACCUACACACGGGAGGAGCUCAUAUCCAUCAUGGAGACGCUGGUCUUAGGCAUUAAUGAUCGAGAAUCGCUGAAAACCAGGUACGAAGAAGAGACCACGCGUCUGGCCAUGAAUGCUGAAUUUUACCACGAUAAAGUGGAGGCGGCCCGCGCCAAACUGGAGUGUGUGCGCAACCAGCAGGCUCAGCUGGACGCCAAGCUGAAGGAAAGCGUUGACCUGAUGAGCCGCAACUUCAUGCAGUUAACGCGGGAGCGGAAACGCAUAGCCGGUGCCAUCGAUCUGCGUGAUGACUUCGACCGGCAUCUGCAGAAACAGAUCACCACGAACACGAAGUUCGUCCAGGAUUAUGCGCAGAUACUGGGCAAGCUGGAGGGCCUCGUCGAUGAUUCGUCCAUGGCGUGGUUGCAACGCGAAACCAUGAUCAGUACUGAGAGCGAGGCGCUGGAGAGGCUGCAUCAGUCCGUUGAAAAAGAGCGCAACAUGCUGCAGGGAGAACUGCAUCGCUACGAAGCCUUAUAUGUCUCCCAAACCCAGCAGAACGCCAAACUUGGCCAGGUCGUUGAGCGGGAGCUGGAACGCUAUGCACAGAAACAGCAGGAGAUCAUCCGCUACAACGAGAAGCGCAUCCGCGCCCUGGAGGGUUGUGUGCGCACCAUGCAGCUGGACCGCGAGGUCAUGUAUGGAGAAAUAGGGGAGACCCGCAGUCGUCUGCGUGAGGUCCUGGAGGGCCGGGUCAUCGCAAUGAUGGACAAGGUGCGGCAGUACAAGAAAGUCCUUAAAGGGCUGGAACGCGAGAUCCACACGCUCAUGUAUCGCUGCAGCACCGACAAUGUGGUCCCGGCGACAGCCGCCCUACAAGCCUAUAUCCGGCUGUGCAGCGGAAUCGACAUAAUCGAUUUUGUCAACAAGGUACAGUCGUCCAAGACCCACAGUGACGAUGCCGAGGCGUUCUGGCGAACAAAACACUGCCAGAAGCGCGAUUUAAGCGACAUCAGAAAGAGCCACGUGGAUCAUCUGCGCAAACAGAUGCUGAUCAGCGAGGAUGAGUACUUCCUCAUGGAGCCGGUAGAGGUUCCGGGCUCCGAAUCCAACACUAAUUUUCAACGAUCGACGGAGUGUUUCGUACCAGAAGCGCCAGCAGAUUCUUGCAAUAUUACAGGCGGGACAUCGCGAGCCGCUAACUUUGAGCCACCCAAGAGUGCGCCGCCUCCCACGGAAGCGCCCUCGGACGGUGGCAGUUACCUCUCAAGCAAGGCGACUGGCGACGCUCCGGCCAAUCCUCCUGCCGAAAAGCCGGCAAACGAUGCAGAGUCAGUAAAGCCGGAAGCGCGAAAACCGUCGCUGAAAAACGCCGGUGACAACGGUUCCUUUCGCAAACGCACGUUCAUGGGUCUGCUUGCCAUGCCGAAGAAGACAUUUAACGUUCUUAACUCCGGAGUUAAGAAAGUAUCGCACGCCGUCACGCAUGUUGUUCACCAUCACUAGACAUCAUUAAAUGACCCGAAAACUGGUACCACAACUACACAAACGAAACAAAUUUUGUUUCAUUUGUGUAGCUGUGGUACCAGUUUUCGGAUCUGAUUGGUCACUUCAGAAGUGAUGCGUCCUUUGUGCACUAAUAAAGCCAGCAACUACCUUGCACUGCAUUUCUCAAUCUGUUAUCCUAUUAUUUUUGCCCGCUGCAUGCAUAGUUGCAAACAAUGUACUUAAUUAAACAAUCACGUUUUUCGGUACUUAGUACUGUGUACUACACGUUUAAGUUAUACAGUUUGACUUGAAGCAUAAAAAAUACGAAGUGCUAA